CGACUUUUAGUGAUAACCGCACUUUGGUGCCCAGUGGUCGCGUUUCGCGCUAAACUUCAGUUUGAAUUCGAAACGUGCUAAUUUUGUUGAAUUUCAAGUGUAAAUAUAUUCAAGUGUUUUUUUGUGCAAAAAAAACAGUCAGCAUUUAAAAAAGAUGGAGAUGCAGCUGCAAUGGAAGUGUUGGAUGUUGAUCUUCCUGAUCGGACUGCCGGAAUUUGGAUCUGGCUACCGGAUACUCUUUAUGGGACCCUUUCCCGCCCCAAGUCACUGGCUCUGGUUGGAACACUUCCAAAAAGAUCUUCUGCGGCAAGGACACCAUGUGACCAGUGUGAACAAUCAUCCCACCAAACAGCCCCACGAAAAUCUUACGGAGAUUAUCAUCAGUCCCUCUUUUGAUAUACCCAAGCACUUUCCAAAGGAGAACAUCUUCACAAUGCAGUUUGUAAGCGAUUUUAAUAACCUGGAUCUUUGGUGGACCGUCGGUCUUAUGACCACGGAGCAUGCUUUCAAGGAUCCCAAAGUGCAAAAACUAAUUGAGAGCAAAGAUGAUCAUUAUGAUUUAGUCAUACUGGAGCAGUUCUUCCACGAGGCCUUUCUGAUGUUUGGCAAGAGAUUUAAUUGUCCGGUGGUUACAAUUGGCACUAUGGGCUAUCCCGAUAAUAUCGAUCAUGCAAUGGGUAUCCUAACUCCUUGGUCCUUCAUUCCCCAUCUGGUGUUGUCGCAUACAGAUCGCAUGACCUUCAGCCAACGUGCUUAUAAUGCUUAUUUAUCUUUGUACGAUGCGAUUAUGCGACGUUGGGUAUACUUACCAAAAAUGCAGAUGCUCGCAGAGAAGUAUUUCAAGGGAGCCAUUGAGGGUCCACUACCCAACGUUCUUGACCUUGAGCGCAACAUCUCGCUUGUCCUGAUCAAUGCCCAUCGCAGUAUAGAUCUUCCGAGACCCAGUAUGCCUGGACUUAUAGACGUGGGCGGAGCGCACAUUCAGAAACCAAAGAAGUUGCCCACUGACCUUCAGAACUUCUUAGAUAAUGCCAAUAAUGGAGUGGUCUACUUCAGUAUGGGUUCUUAUGUGAAGAGCACAGAUCUGCCGCCCGAGAAGACAGCUCUGAUUCUGAAGGCCUUUGGCCAGCUCAAGCAGAAGGUGAUUUGGAAGUUUGAGAAUGAUUCCAUAGGUGAUCUGCCCUCGAAUGUGAUGAUCAAAAAGUGGAUGCCCCAGAACGACAUUCUGGCCCAUCCGAAUGUCAAGCUCUUCAUCACGCAUGGUGGUAUUUUUGGAACCCAGGAGGGCAUCUACUGGGGUGUUCCGAUGCUGUGUAUACCGCUCUAUGGAGAUCAACACCGAAACACGAUCAAAUCGGUGCGGGAGGGUUAUGCCCGUUCGCUGGUGUUCUCCAAACUCACCACCGAUGAUCUGGUACGGAAUAUAAACACUCUGAUCAACGAUCCGCAGUACAAACGUAGUGCUCUGGAGGUCUCGCAGCGUUUCCGCGAUAAUCCCAUACAUCCGCUGGAUGAGGCCACCUUCUGGAUAGAGUACACCAUCCGACAUCGUGGGGCAAGGCAUCUGAAGUCGCAGGGCGCCUUCAUGCCCUUGUAUCAGUAUCUUCUGCUCGACGUCUUGGGCUGCCUGUUGCUGGGCGCCUUCCUCGCCAUCUGGCUGCCCUGGCGGAUGAUCAGGAGGGUCCACAAGUGGUGGCUCAAAGGGGAGGUCUCCGACAAGCUUAACGAGAGCAAGAAGCGGCUGUAG